AUGCAUGUGAGCAGAGGUUUGAGUAUCACUACUCCUGAUCAGAGCAUCGAAAAAGCUAAAGGGGAAACUGCUUACCUACCAUGCAAGUUUACAAUUGGUUCCGAAGACCAGGGACCACUGGACAUCGAAUGGCUGCUGUCUCCUUCUGAUAACCAGAAGGUGGAUCAAGUGAUUAUUCUGUAUUCUGGAGACAAAAUUUAUGAUAACUACUAUCCGGACCUGAAAGGACGAGUGCAUUUCACGAGUAGUGACGUCACGUCUGGUGAUGCGUCUAUAAAUGUCACGAAUCUGCAGUUAUCUGAUAUCGGCACAUAUCAGUGCAAAGUGAAGAAGGCUCCUGGGGUUGCAAAUAGGAAAGUUCUGCUGACAGUUCUGGUGAAGCCUUCAGGUACUCGAUGUUUCGUGGAUGGAGCUGAAGAGAUUGGAAAUGACUUCAAGCUAAAAUGUGAACCAAAAGAAGGUUCACUUCCGUUGCGCUAUGAAUGGCAGAAAUUGUCAGACUCCCAGAAGAUGCCUACUCCGUGGUUGGCAGAAAUGACGUCACCUGUUAUAUCUGUGAAAAAUGCCAGUUCUGAGUAUUCUGGAACUUACAGUUGCACGGUCCAAAAUAGAGUGGGCUCCGAUCAGUGUAUGCUGCGUCUGGACGUUGUCCCUCCUUCAAACCGAGCUGGAACAAUUGCGGGAGCUAUCAUAGGAACGCUGCUUGCUCUCGUGUUCAUUGGUGCCAUCCUCUUUUGCUGUCACAGAAAACGCAGAGAAGAGAAGUAUGAGAAGGAAGUUCAUCAUGAUAUCAGGGAAGAUGUGCCGCCUCCGAAGAGUAGGACGUCCACUGCCAGGAGCUACAUUGGCAGCAACCACUCCUCCCUGGGAUCCAUGUCCCCUUCCAACAUGGAAGGGUAUUCCAAGACUCAGUAUAACCAAGUCCCCAGUGAAGACUUUGAACGAGCACCUCAGAGUCCUACUCUGGCACCGGCUAAGGUAGCUGCCCCUAAUCUAAGUCGAAUGGGAGCGGUUCCUGUGAUGAUUCCAGCGCAAAGCAAGGAUGGGUCUAUAGUAUAG